CUCCUAUUUUAUCUCUUUAUCUUGGAGGUCUCAGAUAGCACCUGGCGUGUCAAAUUUCAUUUUUUAGGGAUUGAAUGCCUCAUAUUGACCUCCUUGCCCUAUUUAAAAUAAUCUUUCCUUAAAUAUAUAGAGCAUUUAAUUUUUUAAAACGAUCUCCAUUUGUCACAACAUACCCGAGGUGCUGUUUUCUCCAUUAAUGUGACUCUUGUACUAUUUUUUUUUUUUUCCAGGACCUGGCUUGACACUUCCUUUCUCUAAAAAUACUUCCAGACUAGCCUCACUCCUACAGAUUUUUUAAAAAAAAUUAAUGAAUCUAGAAUAUGUGCAUUCAUCAAGGAGGCAAAACAUGGUUUUCCUAAUCAUAGUUACUAGAUUCAGAAUCAGUUCUACCACUGUGGGAAUGACAGUACAAAAUACUUUGUUUUUCUGAUCCACUUGUCCCUUUACUGUUAAGUAGGCAUAAAUAGGUAUAAAACUCUAUCUGGAAAUAAUUGGGAUUAAAAAGAGAAACUGAUACAGGGUGACAUAGAUGUACAACAAAAUUUUGUUCUCUUUAAAAACCUGGAUUAUAAUUAUCCUAGCAGUACUAGCUAACAGUAGUGAUUAUUAUGUGACUGUUACUACUGUAUUUUUAUAUAUUGGGUGCAGUAACUCAUUUGAUCUUCAAAAUAGCCUUAAGGAGAUUAUCCUCUUUUUAUUAUUUGAGUACAGAGAGAUGAAGCAUUCUAAUAACUUCCCAACUAACUAGUUACCCAGCUGGUUACCUGUAAAAUUGGUUCAGACUCACGUAGCUGGUGCCAGUGUUCAUUCUUUUAAACAUCACACCAUUCUAUAACUAAGCUACAUUUCUCAAUUUUAGAUUCGCACAUCUUAGAAAUGACAAUUCAUAGAGUAUAGAUUAAAUUAAAACAAAGUUUUUAUAAACUACAUCAGUCUAAAUAGAUGUUAACAUGCACUUGGUAGGAAACAAGAUUCAUGUUCUCAAACUUUAAGGAAAACUAGUGGUGUAAAAUAAACUAUUGAAGAGGCUGCCACUGAAUUUACUAAAUUGGUGGCAAUGUCAGUAUCAAAGUAAAUAAUGGUAACAUCAUAUUGCAUGAAAUAAAUAGGAGUCAGUGGGUCCACACGGAUCAGAUGGACAAGGAAGAAGAAAAGUGCUUCCCUAAUUCUUUCUGCGUUUAUUAGUGGAACACCAGCUAGUAAAGGUAGAAGGAAUUGAUGUAGUUAAAAAAUCUUCAUUUGAAAACCAACUCAAGCAAGAAAUCAUCAAUGGAUGCUAAAACAACUGGGUGAAAGUUCAGUGAUUAGGAUAUCUGCACAGUGUCCAAGAUUCUCCCCACAAAGUCUUUUAAUAAUUACAAAAGUAAAAAUAGUAAUCUUACAGUGAAGAACUUGACAGGCAUCACUUAAGUAAUCAGUCCACAUCCACAGUAAUGGUGCAAACUAAUGUCAUGUGUCUAUACAGACUAUUGAGGAUAACGUGAUUUUGUUGUGUUCCUGAUAAGAAUGCACAACCUGCAUCUGAACAUGAGGAAUCGUUAGAGACAUCUAAGCAUCUAGAAAGACAUUCUGUGAAAUAACUGACCUUCUUAUAUCAAGAUUAUAAAAGACAAUGAAUAACAGCUGAAGGAUUUAUUCCAAAUUAAAGGCAAUUUAAGAUCUUAAUGCAAUAUGUGAUUCUGGAUUAGACAUGGACCAUUUUUUUCUAUGAAGGACCGUAUUGGUAUAGUUGGAAAAAUGUGAAUAAGUUCUGUAGAUUACAGUACAUACUAUAUCAAGGUUAAUUUCUUGAUUUUUAUAAUUAUAUUGCAGAAUAGCCUUGUUCUUAAGACCAUUUAGGAUAUUAAGUCUGCAGCGUACUCUGAAAUGGUUCAGACAAAACAUAAUGCUGUGGACAUAGAGCACAUAGCAAAUACAAAAUGUCAGAAGUUGUGGGAUCUUAUUGGAGCAUACAGGGUUUCUUUGUACUAUUAUUUUACAAUAAAAUGUUUUUAAAAUUGGGAAUAAAAAUUUUCCAAUGGUAGUUACUAUUUCAGGGUGCUUUUAUCAAAGGUAAUUAUCUUUUGUCAGGUUUUCUAUAAUGUAGAUAUAUGUGUGUGUGUAUAUAUACACACACACAUAUAUAAAAUCUUACAGUAACACAAUAUAUCAUGUAAUCUUUUUGUUAAUUUUGUUUGUGUGUGUGUUUUGGUACUAGGGAUCGAGCUCAUGACCUUGCACUUACCAGGCAGGUGCUAUACUGUUGAGCUAUAUCCCCAGCCCUUUUUUCUUAAUUUUGAAAGGCAGUGAGAUGGUUUGGGUUUGAUCUGGCAUGUAUAGCACUAUGGCUUAGGUUUUUAGUAUGAUUCCAGCUGGGAUACCAGCACAGAUACAACAAAAGGCAAGCGGAGAGUGUUUUGUGGAGACCAGUGGAGCUGCAUUACACAGUGUCUUUAUUUCAUGUGAUGAUUCUCAUUACUGGCUUUUUGACUCCAUUGGAUUCUGGGAUAUCUUACAAAAUAAAAACUCCUAUAAAAUAAAAACAGUUUUUAAAGUGUAUUCCUAGUAGCAUUACUAGGGGGGAGGGAGGGUGCAUAUUUAAGCAGUUACCACAAGUUAACUCCUCAAAGCUCUCUUGGGAUGAAAUUUGUAAACACGUCAAGGUAAAGCACAAAACUGCUAACAGUGACUACACCUAGAAAGUGGAAGGAGGGGAUGAUUAGAGGCUUUGAUGUCUUAAAGUUAUAUUUUGAGUGGACAUGAUGUUUAUCUGAUACUAAACCAUUAAGUGAUAAAAAGAUACACUAUAGAAAGUUUUUCUUUCUACUGUGUCUCCCAGAUACUCAGUUUUCCUCCUAAAAGGCAACUAUAAUUGUUUCUUGGGUAAGUCCCAAGUUAUCAGGUGAAUAUAAAAAGUAAAUGUAUAUUUUUUCCACUUACAUAAAAAAUAGCCCACCUAUUUUACUUUUAAAAUGUAAAUUCUUCUAAAAAUCAUUGCUGAGUUUUGAGUCUAGAAAGAAAAGAGAUGUAGAAAAAAUGAGAUACAGGUUAAGAGUAGUUUUGUUUUAUGUGCUUGUCACGUCUUCUAAACUUGGAUAAAUAGAACCAGUUACGAUAUUUUGUGGCUUGAAUUUUCCUGUAUAUUUCAAAGAAUUUGGAAAAUAUAGAACAUGUUAGGGAUUGAACAUAGUUGAAACUUAACUAUAGUAGCCUUGAAAUGAUAUCUCAGUUUUCUUUUGAGCCUAAAUAGAGCGAAGGAGCAAAUAUAUGUAUUAAUUGCUCAUAUUUUAUACAGAACAAAUUUAUUCUAUAAGAAUUAAAUUACAGGCUGCUUGCGAUGUAGCUCACAGGUAGAACACUAGCCCAAUGAGUGAUUCUGGGUUUGAUCCCAGGUUCUCACACACACAUACACACACACAAUUACAACUGUGGGUUUUAAGUCUGUAUCUAAUUUAUUAAAAAAUGAGGACUGAGGGGUGAACUAAGUGCCUGCCCAUAAGCAUGAGGUCAAGAGUUCAAUCCCUAUACAAAAAAAAAUACCACCACAUGGAAAUUACAAUGGAAAUCAUUCAGCCUUACAAAGUAGGGAGUAUUUUGAUACAUGUGUCACAAGAUGCAUGAAGCUCAAAGAUAGGCUAAGUAAAAUAAGCCAAAAAGUGCUGCAUUAAGCUUACAUGAGGUCCCUAGCAUUGGCACAUUUAUAGGAGUAGAAGAGGCAAGAGAGAAUGGGAUGGAAACUUCAUCAUUUCGGAGCUUGAGUUUGAGAACAUAAAAAAAUGCAUGACAUUUCAGGUUUUAUUAUGAUGAUCUAUUGGAAGUAGAGUAACAUUUUUGUUAUGUAUACUGUAAUAUAAUACAUUACACCACAGGUAUUGUCUUCAGGAAGGCACCUGGGAUCUGCUAAGUUAACCAAUGGAAAGAAAGGGGCCCAUAUAAGAAAAAUCUCACGUUUUAAUGCAGAUUCAGGCUGUCCCGUCCAUUCUGAUUCGGAAAGUCAGGUAAGAUUAAACCAACUAGCUACAAUACUUGCUAAUUAGUCUUCAGACAAAAGUUUAAGAAGCAAGAAGGACUAAAAUGCAAAGGUAAAGUAUUAAUUUCCCUAAAGAAGUCUGAAGCUUGUUACUUUAAAGCAUUUCUAACCAAUAAUAAUUUGAUUGUAAAUAAAUUGGAAACCUCACUUUAUAUCUCUGUCUUCCGUCCCUCCCCAGUGCUGUUUUAUACUCAAGUAUAUUCUAAAUUACUUUCUUGCAGACUGAAACUGUACAGGGACUUGAUGGUUGUGCUGCUUUGCUGCGGGACAUUUUGAGAAAUGAAGAUUCAGGUUUUAUUUUUCUAAGUGCUUUUCUACUGUGACCGUUACUCAAAUGUUUUUUUUUUUAAGUUGAUGAAUUUUAUUUUAAUUGUUAAUAGGUUCAGAAGCAGUGUGUUCAGAAAAUAGAUGUAAUUCCAGAUCUUUAGAAGGCAAAAAAUAUGGAUCUAAAAAAAAAGGAUAUGAAAAGCCUGUUGCUCCUUCAGUAGUUCGGAAAGAAAUAUGUAAGCAUUUUGUCUCUUGUUUAUAAAGUGUCUUUGGAUAAUAAGAAACAGAUACCUAGUGAAGCCUCUGCCAGAAGUGAAAGAGACGCAUCAGACACAGCACAAAACUGGUCAUUGCGAGAUCAUUAUAGAAUGUAUUCACCAAUAAUAUACCAGGCCCUCUGUGAGCAUGUGCAGACACAGAUGUCUCUGAUGAAUAACAUGCCGUCCAAGAAAGACCCCAGUGAGAUCCCUUCUAUAUCUUGCCAUACCGUAUCUGGUUCUGAAUCUCAGGCCACGCCACAUUCUAAUUAUGGCUGUUGUACCUCCAUUCCAGUCUGGUCACCUCAGGAGUCACCCUGUCCUCCACUGGUUCAUUCUGAAGUUCAGACCGAUGGUGGUGACCAGUUUGUAUGCCAAGGUAAAACAAUGUCUAUGAACGAUCUUGAUGUUCCGAGGAGCUUACCCGGUGCCAGUCCUGGAGUUGCCUGUGGCCUGUCCCAAACUGACAGGGCAGCUGUUCCCACAUAUCAGCAACUGAGUCUUGCUAAUUGGAUUCUACCACAACAAGGAGUCUGUAAGGAAGCAGACUUACUGAAGUGUCUUCAAACAUGUAUGACUUUGCUUCAGUCUCUCGGAAAGGAAACUCUGGCAGACAGUAAGAUCCCCGGGAGCCCAACACGGCUACAACCAGCUUCCUUGGCCUCUGAUGAAGAAAGAUGUGCCAGAGAACAAAUUGCAGGGGCUACAAAUGAAGGAAACUGUUCAAGCGUGCAUGUGCAAGAUGAAAAAUUGGUCCAGGAUACACAGAAGGCAAAAAACAUGAAUCAGACUACUGAAAAAGUUAGAACUCUAAGGUAUUUGCUGAGAGAGCUCAAGGCCUUGGUAGCAGAACAAGAGGAUUCAGAAAUUCAGAGGUUGGUAACAGAAGUGGAAGCAUGUAUAACUGGACUUUUAGCCGUAAGUGGAAACACAGAUAUCCAAGUGGAAAUAGCACUGGCCAUGCAACCAUUGAGAAGUGAGAAUGCUCAGUUACGGAGGCAAUUAAGAAUUUUGAACCAUAAACUCAGAGAACAAGAAAAAACUCCAAAGGCAUAUGGUAAUAUGGAAUGCAAUCCUGAAUUAUUUUCCCUUCAGUCAUUGAACAUGUCCCUGCAAAAUCAAUUGCAGGAGUCACUGAAGAGCCAGGAAUUACUGCAGAAUAAAAAUGAAGAACUGCUAAAGGUGAUUGAAAAUCAAAAAGAUGAAAACAAAAAAUUUACCACUAUAUUUAAAGACAAAGAUCAAACCCUUCUUGAAAAUAAACAGCAAUUUGACAUUGAGAUAACGAGAGUAAAACUUGAAUUAGAGGAAGCCUUGGUAAACGUGAAAGACACCCAGUUCAAGUUAGAAACUGCUGAAAAGGAAAAUCAAAUACUGGGAAUAACACUACGCCAGCGUGAUGCCGAGGUGGCUCGCCUGAGGGAUUUAACCAGAACUUUACAGAACAGUAUGGCAAAGCUGCUCUCAGAUCUUAGUGUGGAUACUACUCGCGGCAAGCAUGGGAAUAACCUGACCAGAUCGCUUCUGCACAUGUACGAUAAACAACUUCAACAGGACCCAGCCCCUCCUCACACUUCUGUAAUGAGCUACCUGCAUAAUUUGGAAAUAAAUCACACUUUUAUGUACUCAGAGCCACUUUCUGCAGUUAACAGGGAAGAAACCACAGAGCCGAUCAGAUCCUGUGAAAAUGUCCUGCCUUCCAGAGGCUCUCCCGUUGGCAAAAACAGGGUCGUGGAGACGGCGACCACUCCUGGGAUUCUUCCUGAUCUUUCAAAACAGGAUUCUGAUAUGGAGUGUGAAAGCAUGACUUUAAUAGAAGAUGAAUGUGAUUUGGAUAGUACAAUUUAUAUUCCUUUUGUUAGAAGCAGUUCUAAAAAGAAUUCUCCACUUUCUAAGAGAAUAUCCCCCCAGCCACAGAUAAGUGUUGCCACAACCCAGCAACUGGUCAGCAACAGUGUGCUGACCCCGGAAGCAGAAAGUAAGCUGUGUGUUCCUGUACCUUGUUUGAAUAAUAGAGCAGAAGAUAUACCUGAAAAACUUUGCAAACCAGCUGAUGCAUAUGACCAACAACUUCUGCAGAAAAUAAAGGAAGCCCUUAGUAAGGUCCCCGCUGCCACCAAAGAACCAGAGAAACAGGCGCAUUGUGGCCCAUCAGCUUUUCACACCACCGGUAUCCAAGUGAAAGGCAGUGCUGGCUGCGAUGGCAGUUUUUUAAAUUCUGACCUGAUGUCCGACUGGAGCAUCUCUUCUUUCUCAACGUUCACUUCUCGUGAUGAACAAGACUUCAGAAAUGGGCUGGCAGCACUGGAUGCCAACAUAACUAGACUCCAGAAGUCCUUGAGAACUGGCCAUCUGGAGAAAUGAAAUCAGUGGAAACUGCUUAAGUGCUUCCUUACUUAGAUUAGAACUUGUCUACAUUGAAGAUAUGCUGGUGUUUUAAGUUUCUUUGAGAAAUAAUUUGUAUAGUAUUAAUUAUGUAUGAAAAAUAAAUUAUAUGAAUUAAUAAAUUUACCAUUAGAAAAAAUUUGGUACUCUGUAAAAACAAGUCACCCUUAAAAAUUAAUAAUUGUUAGAGUAUCAGACUUUAGAUAACUAGCAAAGAAUUACAGUCUUUCAAUUUAGUAACAAAUAUAAUUCUUUUAUAUUUGAAUUAUAUUUAACGAAUAUAAUUCUUUCAUUAAAUUUAACCCUUGAGUUAGGGUGUGGAUUGAAAGGAUUUUGUGGUUAUUUUAAAGAAGAGUGAAAAAGGAUCUCUAGAAAAAAUGGCUACUUCAACCUAGAAUAUCUUUUUAGUUUUGAGAUAACUUUAUUUUUAAUUGACAUUGUAUGUUUGUCUGGGUUGCUGUAUGCUCUGGGCCAGUGCUGUUAGUAAAAUGUAGAAACAUUUCUUUUAGAAAAAAGGUACCAGUUAGUACUACUUUAUAAGAAAAACAAAAUCACUGAUAACAAUCCUCAGUUAGCAUAUGUUUUCUUUUUUUUUUUUUUAAAUGGGCACCUGUAUUGCUCCCAUUUGUUUUGUUUUUUAGAAUUUUAUUUUAAAAUUAAACAAAAUGAAACAAGGAGAGUCACGUUGGACUUAGGACAGUAGGAAAUCCACACUAGUUACUAUAUUGCACGUUGUUUUCCUCUAAGUGGAUGAUCAGACUACUGGCUUUAGGUCUGCAAAGGCAAUCAAACAAUACAAGUGUUAAGUUCUUUCUUAUUUCGGUUGCUGUCACCUCAGCCUCUAUUCCUCAGAAGCAGCGGUUGCUUAUGGAGUAGGGGUGGAAUCUUGUCUCCCUGCCUGCACACUGGCUGACUCCUGGGAAGGGCGCUAUUCCCUGGUUUUCUCAAAGCUGGCACAUGGGAGGGUGCUGCUACAUCUAACAUAUGUUUUCUUAAAUCCUUGGCAUUCUGUUUUUAUCUUGAAUACAUGCUUUAAGGCCUUCAAAAAACAAAGCCAGGCUAAUAUAAAAAUACUAACAGCUAAGUUUUAUUUUUAGAAAUUUGGGAGGUUUUAACAAAUAAAAAACGCAUAAGGUUUUAUCCUUAAUAUCUUUGAACAUGAUGAAGUUUGAAAAUCUUGCUACUGACUGUCAUUCCGCCUUUCUAGACCGAUACUGGUUUCAUUUAGUUGAGACAUUUCUGUUAUAAAAGUUCUAUGAAGCAUGCUGUUCUCUCUGCUUUUCCAUACCAACUUUCCUAACUUCUCAGUUUCACUUCCCUCCGGUGCAUCUUAACUCCUGGAAAACUGGGUCUUGUGCUAUGAUGAACAUGUAAUACCAAUCGCCUGUCUGCUGCAAGGGUGUUUAAUACGUGGGCAGGUUUUCACAUUAAAAAGUGUUGUCCAGGGGUUCUUCCUGGUGGUUUUACUUGUGAGUGCUGCAAGUCUGAGGACUUGUACUCUCUGAUAUGAUCAAGUUUUACAGAUGGAGAUUUGGUUUUUUUUUUUUUUUUAAGGGUUAAAAGUACUACAUGAAUUCCAGACUAUGUUCACAGAAUUGCUUGUUAGCAUUUUAAAUAUUUUUACUUCCAGUAUUCAUGAAUUAAUGUAUUGGCUUAUUUGGUGAUAAUAAGCCAUAACUCUUAAAAAUAUAACUUGGGAGACAAAAUAAUGCAAGGAAGAAAAUUGGGUCACCUUUCUGUUUCCAAACAUCAGCUGUUACUCAUAUGUAGAAGUAAGCUUUUCAUAUUAUUAUGUGGUAACUCUGAGGAUGAAAUAAUGUUUUUCCUCUUAUAUGCACACAACACAGAUCACUUCUGUGAUCCCAAAAUGAGAUUUCUUACCACCAUCAAGCAAGCAGUAAGUUUUGCAGUGUACAGUGGGUGGGGGUCUUAUUUUGCAUUUCAAUUCUUUUUUUUUUUUGGUCUUUUUAUUGGUACCGGGGAUCAAACUCACGACUGCCUGCUUGCAAGGCAGGCGCUUAUGCUGCUGAGCUAAAUCCCCAGCCCCUUCAAUUCUUGGCACUACCUGGACAGAGAGUCAGAACCCACAGAUUGAGGAGCCAGUCCAGCAAGUCUGCCCCAUACUUCAGAGGCCAGUCACAGGUCCGAGGCUCCAGACCUUCACGCCAACCAGCUACAGAUUGGGGUUCCUGUGACAUCUCCCCUCAACUAGACACCAUCAGAGCAGUUCACAGAACUCACUGAAACACAUUACCUGGUUUCUUAUAAAUGGUGUUUUAGAGAGUGCAGAUAAACAUCCUAAUGAAAGUUUACUCUGGGCAGUGCCUGGAGGGGCUCAGAGUGUAGAAAUGUCUUUGUCUAUGCAGUUGGGGUUUGUCCUAAGCAGAUAAAUUAGUUGUAAGACUCCAUGUGUUCAACUGUCCAUAAGUUCUCCAGACUCUGUUGAGGAUGGGGAUUAUUGAGACUUCUUUGUAUAAGCAUGCACAACUGUGCAGAAAUGUGACUGGACCAAAAGAGUAUGAUCUAAGGUCAAUAAACGGGGAAAACAGCAAA